CCCGCUCCUUUCGCAUACAAUCGCAUACAAUCGCAGAUGCAGGAAAACUCUAGAUUCCCGCUUAGCUCUUACUGGUGCCGACGCUUUUGGCAUCUAUCCGCCAUGUACUAGUCCCCACAUGGACGAUGCUAAAAUGUAAACCUUAGAGGGCAAAUGUUUUAAAUAUUUCGUCUGAUCUUCUCUCACUGGUAUUCCCUACCGGACAGGACUGUGAACACUCCUACCUUGCAGUCGAAAAAUCACUCUGCCUUCUUUUUCUUAACCGCCCCUACCACAUCACUUCGAGCACUCAAGAAUACAGUGGCCAUGAUCUUCACAAUGAAAGGUGUCGCAAUUCGCGUAAUUGCAAUGGCACUAUCCGUGACUACAAUUUUGGGAGUCAAUGCAUCGCCUGCACCGCAUUUGCCAGGACCUCUCGAAGCUAGGGCGGCCUUGUCAGGUUGCGACCAAGGCGAUUGCCCUGAUGGCGACUUCGGCGACUUCGGCUUCGAUGUUGUUCACCAAAAAGGAGCCUAUACAUAUCGCUACGAAGAUUCGUACGGUGGAUGUCAUCCUAGAAAGGCGCAGAAAUUCGCUUCUGUAAUCUUCGACACUGAUGACGGUACCUUUAACAAUUCAUGGGCAGAUGACCCAAACUACGUCUACUUUGAUAAUACCUUGAAAGUAUACAAAUUUGAGAAGAAGUAUCAGAAGCUCACCUGCAGCGGUGGUGACGUUGAGUUAUGGUGGCCGGGUGAGCUGGUUUCAACAACUUGAUAAAAAAUAAAUUAAAAUUAUAAUACAUAUUUCAUUGCGCAUCUUUUAGCUGAGCUGGCAUCCGCCACUAUUUUACCUGGGUGUGUCCAAGUUGUGGCGAUGUUGAACUGGGCGCAUAGCGCCGGCCCUUAGAUGGUGACUUUCACAGAAGAGAUGGCAAGAAAGAGGGACGAAGACUUGGCUUAGCGAAUAGCUGAUGGCUAGUACAAGGGUUCCGUAAGCAGCGCUCGCGCCGACGUCUCAGUUACGCUGGAGUCUCUUCGGUUCGAGACCGCCGAUAUUUCUUAUGCCCUGAACGCAUCAAAAGUUCUACGGUGAGACUCCGGUUUGAGGUUGGACGGCUUCAGGCUGAAGAAGAUGAAGAAUGACACAAGCACUGGUCCGAUC